AUGGCUAAAGUAGUUAAGUCUAAAGGUAAAUCCGUCCCAGCCAAGGGUAAAACCACUAAACCUGUCAAAGAACCUGUCCAAGAUAAACAAGAAAGUGAAUUAGAUAAAGAUGAAAUUGUUUUAAGUGAAGAAAGUGAUAGUGAAAGUGAAGAAAUUGAAGAAAGUGAUGUUGAAUUAAGUGAUGAGGAAUCAGAAAAUGACGAAGAAUCUAGUGAAGAAGAUGUUGAAAUCAAAGGUUUAGAAGAAACUAAUAAACACGUCGUCAUAAAACCAAGUAAAAAAGUUGAAGUCACCAAGAAUAAAGAUAAAAAAGGUGUGAUAUACUUAGGUAGAAUACCUAAUGGAUUUUAUGAAGAAGAAAUGCAAAAAUAUUUCAAACAAUUUGGUAACAUAACUAGAUUGAAAUUAUCAAGAAAUAAGAAAACGGGUAAAUCAAAACAUUAUGGGUUCAUAGAAUUCGAAAACUUCCAAGUUGCCAAAAUUGCCAGUGAAACUAUGAAUAAUUAUUUAAUUUUUGGUCAUUUAUUGAAAUGUUAUCUUGUUGAAGAUACUUCCAAAUAUGAUUUGAUCUUCAGUAAUAAUAAAUUCAAGAUCAUACCAUGGAAAAGCAUAAGUAAAUUCAGAAAUGAUAAACCAAAGGAAUUAAAACAUUUACAAAAAUUAGACAAAGCAUUUAAAGGUAAAAAUUUGAAAAGGGCUGAAAUUUUAAAGAAAAAGGGUAUCAACACAGAUUAUUUAAACUAA